CCCCCUCCGAUCCGGCCCAGACUCUCUUAAAACCCUACAACUUCGUAACAACCUUUUCCGUGAAGAAGAGUCUGUUCCCCGCCGCCGCUGCAACCUUUGCCCGCUCCUCUUCGGCCCGCGCUCGCUCCGUUCCCUCCGUGUUGAUAUGGGGAAGAAAAAGAAGUUCAUCGACAAGAAGAAGUCCGCCACCUUCCACCUCCUCGCCCGCGACACCGCCUUGUGUCCCGCCUCCUCUUCCGCCGACGGCGAGCCGACCACCGACCGUGUCUUCGUCAGGGUCGACAACAACCCUUUCCCCUGCCCCGAUUUCCUCGGUGACGACGACGAUGACUACGGCCGCGGCCGCUGUGAUCCCGACGACGAUCCCAACUCCAUCUUCGCCGACGCCCCUGGUUGCACCGACGAGGAGGAGGUGUUCGUGAGCGGCCCUUCGCCAUGGGUCAGCGCUCGUGCGACUCGGUUUGGGAAGGAAGGGCUAUUGCCGGACCACGUGAAGAAGGAGAUCCUGGAGCUGGGCCUCCCCGACGACGGCUAUAACUAUCUCGUCCACCUGCGCGAGAUCAAGAACGCCGGUGCCGGCUCCUCUUACUUUCACAACCCCAAGGCCAAACUUGAUCGAUUGCAGCUCGAUGUCAAGGCUUAUGAUGCUUCAAGGCUUCGGAUCGAUUCUGAGGUUAGGGAUGACACUGAUAGGGAAAUGGUGCAUGCUGUUGCUUUGAAUACAUGGGCGGUCAAGGUCCAGAAGGCGGUGGAUCCUGAUGUACUGAGGUUGCUGGAUGACAGUGAUCUUUCGCGGUUUGGAUCAGAUGUCGAGGACUUGGAGGAGGACUUUGUGGUCAAGGCAAACCUUCCUGAAGGAGAUGAGGAAAAAACUGAUGAAGUAGAGCAAGAGGGAGAAGAGGUGGUUUAUGGACGUGAUGAUAAGUCUGGCAGAGCUGAAGAGGUUGGUGUGGUAAAAGAUGGCCUUUUGCAGCAGCAGGAGCAGGAGGAUGCAGCAGCUGAACCGGAGCAGAAUGGGAAACGUGUUUUAAAAAGUGAUGAGAAGCCAAGAGUGCGCCGCCUUCUGGACGAACAGUUUGAUCUGCUCACGCUGAGAGAGUAUGACGAUGAUAGUGAUAGUGACGAUGUUCCCUACAUAGACACUGAACGUGAAUUACUUAACAGUAAGCUUCAUGAUGCCCUUAAAGAGUUUCCACUAGAUGAUUUAGAACUCCAGGGGAAGUAUGGAGUUCCAGGGAGUACCAAGCAUGGUCAUCAAGAGGAAGCCAAUGGCACAGAGGUAGAUGAGUCUGCUGAAGUGAUCCGCAAAUGUGCAGAGUAUGCUGAAAGGUACUUAAAUGAAAGUGAAUAUGAUGAAAUGGUGUUUGUUGAAGAAAGUAGUGAUGAAUCUGAAACCUGGGACUGUGAGACAAUUGUUUCUACCUACUCAAACCUUGACAACCACCCUGGGAGAAUACAAGCACCAGAAAAUCCUGAAAGGAGGCUUCCAAGAAUCUUUCCUGGAGAUUCAACUGCAAAGAAUAAUGUGAUUGCACUGCGAGGAAAGGCGAAGCUUCCAGUGGAUUAUCUACCAAACAAGAGAAGAACUGCUGAAAAAGUAAAGACCUCAGUGGUCUUGAGCAGUGAGAAGCCAAAGAGAAGACCACACAGUCAGGAGUCAAAGGAGGAAAAGAAAGAGCGCAAGGCUGCUAUAAAAGAAGAGAGAAGAGAAGCACGGAAGGCAAAGAAAGAAUUAAGAGGUUUGUACAAAUUUGAAACCCAGAGAGCUCAGAAAGUUGUUGCUGUUUCCGGGCCAUCUUCGAUGCGCAUAAUGUAACCUCAGAUGUAGCAUCAGAAAUACGGAAAGCAAGAUGAUGCAAUCUUACAUGGCGAAAUAGCCGCCCCACUCACUGAAGAUACGUUUGCCAAGAUAUGAGUAUUUUUGUCAAACGCUUGUUAUAGCUGUAAUAAGCUUUAUAUAUUUGUUGAAGUUGAAUGCAUCUUCAGCUUGUUGAAGUAAUGAUGACUUUUUUUUAUGGUGCA